UGAACGUGACACUUGAUUUAGUUUGCGUUUGAAAGUUCCCGAGUUACCACCAAAAACAAAAGGGACGAAUUUAAUUUAGUAGUUUACUUACUUGUGUACAGAGGUUUCUCAGUGCGUUUAUCUUAAUUAUUCACACGUGAUACUUUUAACAAUCGUUUUUCGCUGAGUGAUAUUGUCAUUUAUUCGAAGCAAAAUUGUUCGAAAGAGAAUAAUUUCUAUUUAUUUUUGAUCGAAGUAAAUAGCGCGCGAUAAAUUCACGUAGAUCACCGACGAUGUAACAUACAUAAGAUCGUUAACAAAAACAAUACAGCGAGUUGAAGCGAAAAAAAAAUUUCAACAGAAUUUGCAAUAGUGCGAAGCAAACGUGCGAUAAAGUCGGGAAGUCGUAAAGAUUAGCACGGUGUGCGGUUCGUAAUUCCUGAAGUGGGAUUACUUUGUGGUGUGUGUGCAUGAUGUGGCAGGAAAUUUGCAUAAGGAAAACACGAUGUUGUACUUGGAUGUGGAGGAGAUGCUGCAGAGAACGGGAAUUAAGAGCUAGGGUUAUCCACAUUGGACAACCUAUGCACGAAAAGUUUCCCACUAAUGUUAUAAGAAAUCAAAAAUACAAUUUUGUUACGUUCUUGCCUCUGGUCCUCUUUCAGCAGUUCAAAUUCUUCUUGAAUUUAUACUUUCUGCUUAUGGCUAUAUCUCAAUUUAUACCAGACAUAAGGAUAGGGUAUUUGUACACAUACUGGGGACCAUUGUGCUUUGUUUUAACAGUAACAAUCUUUCGCGAAGCCAUUGAUGAUUUUAGAAGAUACAAAAGAGACAAAGAGGUCAAUGCACAAAAGUAUUAUAGAUUAGUCAAGGGUUUUGAUACGCCAGAGUUAGUACCAAGUUCCAAAUUACGAGUGGGCGACUUGGUAAUAGUGGAAAAGGGUCAAAGAGUACCAGCUGAUCUGGUUUUAUUACGCACAACUGAAAAAUCUGGCGCGUGUUUUGUGCGAACGGAUCAGUUAGACGGAGAAACAGAUUGGAAAUUGAGAUUAGCGGUGCCUGCGACGCAAAAAUUGGAAAGUAAUUCUCAGUUGUUUGAUAUCAAAGCCAGUAUAUAUGUUGAAAAACCACAAAAAGAUAUACACAGUUUUAUCGGCACCUUUUCGAGAUAUGAUGGAUACAGCAGUGAAGAAAGCUUGGGCGUGGACAACACAUUGUGGGCUAAUACAGCUGUGGCAUCAGGCUCUGCUCUCGGUGUUGUUGUUUAUACCGGUCAAGAAACACGCUCUCUCAUGAAUCAUUCGGAUAUCAGAUCAAAAGUUGGUUUGCUUGAUCAAGAGAUCAAUCAGUUGACAAAGGUAUUAUUUUGUGCGGUAAUAGGACUCGCGCUUGUAAUGAUGUGUUUGAAGGGAUUCAACGGUCCGUGGUAUCGUUACAUGUUCCGUUUUGUCUUACUAUUUUCCUACAUCAUACCAAUCAGUUUGAGAGUAAAUCUAGACAUGGGCAAAGCGUUUUACGCGUGGUGCAUACAAAGAGACAAAGAUAUCGCCGGUACGGUUGUUAGAACCACCACUAUUCCGGAAGAACUCGGACGUAUAUCGUAUCUAUUGAGCGACAAAACGGGAACGUUGACGCAGAAUAAAAUGGUGUUCAAGAAAUUACACUUGGGCACUAUAUCUUACGGCCAGGAAACGUUCGACGAAGUGACAUCGGUGUUGAAAACUUAUUACCCGAUCGAUACGGAGAACUCGCCGGUGAAAUUGGCGCCGUCCGCGCACAGCGGAAAAGUGCGACGUUCCGAAAACACCCGAAUCUACGACGCGGUACACGCUUUAGCGCUGUGCCACAACGUGACACCGGUUUACGACGAGGUCAGCAAAUCGAAUUUGGAUUCAGUGAGCGUGCAAACAGUGGAAACCGGAGACACAGGUUCCAUCCAGAGUCAAACAGAGGCAGAUCAACAUUACUAUCUACCAGAACAGAAGCGCAAUUAUCAAGCUUCGAGCCCGGACGAAGUGGCUCUGGUAAAGUGGACGGAAGAAAUGGGACUGGCUUUAAUCAAACGAGAUCUAACUUCGAUGCAGUUGAAGACUCUGAAUGGUCAAAUAUUGAAUUACACUAUACUGCAGAUAUUUCCUUUUACGUCGGAGACCAAACGAAUGGGAAUAAUCGUGAGAGAAGAAUCCAGUUCCGAAAUCGUAUUCUAUUUAAAAGGCGCUGACGUCGUGAUGUCUGGUAUUGUGCAGUAUAACGAUUGGUUGGAUGAGGUGUGCGAGAACAUGGCGCGCGAAGGUCUCAGAACACUGGUUGUAGCCAAGAAGAAUCUGACUGAGGAUCAAUACCUCGAUUUCGAGGCAAGAUACAAUGCGGCGAGGAUGAGCGUCAGUGAUCGCGUGUCGCGAGUCGCCGCGGUGGUGGAAAGUCUUGAGAGAGAAAUGGAGCUGCUGUGCGUGACCGGUGUCGAGGACAGAUUACAGGACAGAGUGAGACCCACGCUGGAACUCCUGAGAAAUGCCGGAAUCAAGAUAUGGAUGUUGACUGGCGACAAGUUGGAGACCGCGACGUGCAUUGCGAAAUCCUCGCGUCUGGUUUCACGCACACAGGGACUGCACGUUUUCAAGUCUGUUGUGACGCGCACCGAUGCUCACUUGGAACUGAAUACGUUUCGCAAAAAGCAAGAUUGUGCCUUAGUUAUCAGCGGCGAUUCUCUGGAGGUAUGCUUGCAGUAUUACGAGCAGGAAUUUCUGGAACUUGCUUGCGGCUCGCCCGCUGUCGUUUGCUGCCGAUGCUCUCCCACGCAAAAAGCAGAGGUUGUUAGUCUAAUACAAAGACACACCGGCAAGAGAACGGCAGCCGUCGGCGAUGGCGGUAAUGACGUUUCUAUGAUACAAGCUGCGGAUGCUGGAAUUGGUCUCGAGGGUCUUGAGGGCAGACAAGCAUCGCUAGCUGCAGAUUUCUCCAUCUCUCAGUUUAGUCAUCUUGCUAAUUUAUUGUUGGUUCACGGCAGAAGAAGUUACAAACGUUCGGCCGCUUUAAGUCAAUUUGUCAUACACCGCGGUCUGAUAAUCUCAACUAUGCAGGCUGUAUUUUCCGCGGUCUUUUAUCUGUCCUCGGUCGCGUUAUACCAAGGUUUUCUUAUGGUAGGAUACGCUACGAUAUACACUAUGUUCCCUGUCUUUUCAUUGGUAUUGGAUAAGGAUGUGUCUGGGAAAAUAGCGCUUACCUAUCCAGAACUUUAUAAAGAGCUUAGUAAAGGCCGUUCACUGUCUUACAAAACAUUUUUUAUGUGGGUUUUGAUAAGUAUAUACCAAGGUGGUGUAAUUAUGUAUGGCGCGCUUAUAAUGUUUGAGGACGAAUUCAUUCAUAUAGUGGCCAUCAGUUUUUCGGCGCUAGUUUUAACGGAGUUGAUAAUGGUCGCUUUGACAAUUAGAACCUGGCAUCAUAUAAUGAUGCUCGCCGAAAUCUUCUCUCUUGCGCUUUAUCUAUUAUCGUUGGUCGUCCUCAAGGAUUAUUUUGAUGCCGAAUUUAUUAAAACGACGGACUUCUUGUGGAAAGUAUUGGUGAUAACGUUAGUCUCGUGCAUGCCGUUAUACAUAUUGAAAUUCUUGAGGAAGAAAUUUUCGCCUCCUAGUUAUACCAAAUUAUCUUAAAAGUUUAAAAGUGCAAACUUUAAUCCAUCUACGUAAAAGAAAAUAAGAGAGAAUAAGAUUCGUCAAUGGAUUGUAUUACAAUAACAUAGGAAAAAAUAAUAUUUGCAAAUUUCUUUUGUUCUAAUCCAAUCCGUUAUACAUAAUAUCGCUUAAUUAAUUGUUUAACAAGAUAAACAAAAUAAUAUGCACCAUUUUAUAUAUAUCUCUCAUCCAGCUAUUUUUGUAACGACCACCGCGAAUCAUUUCUGUGACCUUAGUCUCACACAAAUGAGAACUGACGUGACAGAAAAAAAAAAAUUCAAUUUUCAACCUCUCGUACAUUAUACCGCACAGAUGUACAUUUCUGAAGAAACAUGGAUUGAAGUUGAGCAGAACCUAACAACGUUACGCGUAAUUCUUCCCGCGACUUUGUUACGCGUUCGGGCUUUAUAUUGCAUAUUACAUAUUACAUGACUUUUUUUAUAUCUGAUUUUCUUAUAAUUCAUUUAUAUAUUUAUUUAUGUGAUCGCGAUGCCAAAUUUGCAUCUUCCAUUUGGAAAGGCGCGUUUAUAUUCACGUCAAUUCACGUAUAUAUUAUAUACAUGCGGCAUUUAUGUCAUUUAUAUCUGAUCUUCGUAUGUCAAUAUCGUUUUACUAUGUAAUUCGUUAAAUGCGUUUCACUUCACAUUUGUGCACUUAAUAUUGAAUCUUCGAGUAAUUCGCACAUCAAUCGAUACAAUUUUCAUAUAAGGAAAGAUAAAUACCACAUGCGUAUACAUAUACAUACACGCGCGUAUACAUUUUACUAAAAUAAAAAAAAAAAAAAAAAA